AUGCAGCACCCCAAACCCUUCUAUGUGUCCUCUGCUCCCCAAGAAGGCUUCAGCCCUGGGAGCCUGGACAGCGCUGAGGGGCCCGUCAGCCAGCCUGUGACCAGUACCGAGGCGCUCCCUGCAGUGGGUUCCUCGAAUCUGUAUCACUCCCCAAACCCGGAGAAAGAGGCGUUUCCGGCUCCUCCGGCAGGUUUCCAGAUGGCGCCCUGUGGCUGCUUCUUUGACCCCCGCAUCUACCGCAUCGAGUGGGCGACCUCUGACUUCGGCCAGUCGUCUUUGUACAAACUGGCGACAGUGGGCAAUGGGGGGCCGCUGGGGGCCCCCGCCUCUCCCGGGACCUACCUCCUAGAGCCUCAGCACUACGUCAAGGCGCCCGGACCCCCGCCACCCCCGUACCCCCACUACCAGGCGGUACCUGGGGCCCCUCAGUACCUCAUGCCCUACUUCUCACCUGAGGGGCCCAGCCCCGAGGCUCUGGGCUUCGUGGGGGACGGGGGCCCCAAGGCCUUCCGGGAGCUGGCCCCGCCGCUGCCCCCCAAAGACAAGCUGCCACCUCUGCUCAUCUCGCUGCCCGCUGAGCUGCCCAGCUCCUACAGCCACCUCAAGGGCCGCCUCAGCCAGUUACAUGGGCCUGAGGGCGCCCCCCUGGAGCCCCCGGGAUUCCCCGCCAAGGAGCCCCCCGCCGGGCCUGGCCCGCUGCCCGAGGCCCCGGCAGCUGCCCCCACAUUGGCGGCAGGCGAAGCUCCGCCAGCUGAGGUGGCCGGUGCCUCGGUGCUGCCCGACAAGGUGCCGCUGGAGGACGCCAUGAAGCUGUUUGACUGUCUUCCGGGGGGCCCCGAGUCUGAGGGGGGCCCGUGCAGGGCCCCGGCCGCUGGCCAACCCGACAGCGGUGGCGGGGGCGACGACUCUUCCAGCGACAUCCGUUCGCUGCACCUGCCCGAUGAGCUGCUGUCCUUCGACUACAACGUGCCCGAGAUCCUGGACACCGUGUCCAACGUGGACUGCCUCUUCAACUUUAGGGCGCUCGAUGAGGAGCCGCCGCCACCCCAGCUGGGACCGCCAGCCUCCGAGCUCCCAGCGCCCGGCCUGCGGCCCGACCCUUCCUGUGGAGGCAUGAAGAAGCCCGGUGCUGGGGCCGCCAAGAAGAGCAAGGCGGGGGGCAGGAGCAGGCAGGCUGCAGGCACCCCCUUAUUAAAGCGCGUUUGA